UAAACAAAACCAAACAAUAAUAUCCGACUUGCAAAUGUUAUCAAUUAUUGACGCGAUGUUUUUCCAAAGAACCUUCACGACAGAUUAAGUUUUCCCAACUGCGACCGCAGCGGCCUGAGAGCAAGCGAUUGGUCAGUUUUCUUGUGACCUGAAGGGAAAAAUAUGUCCCGCUUAUACAAAGAGGAACGUGAUGACUGGAUCACUGUUUGUUUGAAAUACCUUCUCUUUGUAUUCAACUUUCUUUUUUGGGUUGGAGGUGCUGCAGUAAUGGCUGUUGGUAUAUGGACGCUAAUUGAUAAAAGUGAUUAUCUAAGCCUCUUAGCAUCCAGCACGUUUGCUGUUUCUGCUUAUAUUCUCAUCUUUGCUGGUGGUCUAGUUAUGGUAACUGGCUUUCUGGGUUGCUGUGCUGUUAUUCGAGAACAGAGGAGCUGUCUUUCUAUGUACUUUUCCUGCCUUCUGUUAAUCUUUCUGAUUGAACUGGUGGCCGGUGUUCUUGCCUACGUUUAUUAUCAGAAGCUGAGUGAAGAACUGAAGCAGCAUCUCAAUCAAACCAUGACUGAAAACUACGCACAGCCAGGAAAAAAUCACAUCACACAUGCUGUUGACAGACUCCAACAAGACUUCAAGUGUUGUGGAAGCAAUAACUUAUCUGACUGGGAGACAAGCAUAUACAUUAACUCCAAGGAAGCAAAUAACCGAGUGGUGCCUGAUAGUUGUUGUAAAAGUAUUACACCCAGCUGUGGACAGAGAGAUCACCCGUCCAACAUUUACAAAGUGGAGGGGGGCUGCAUUACCAAAUUGGAGCUAUUCCUUGCAGAUCACCUUCUGAUUAUUGGAGCAGUUGGAAUAGGAGUUGCUUCUCUGCAACUGAUUGGUGCAGUUCUGACUGCUUGUUUUAUCUAUCUGCUCUAUAAAGAAGAGGAAGAAGACUUCUCUGACAUGUGAUUGAUUUGUGGGAUGAUUUUGUGUUGCUGCUUGCAUAGAAGAUUUAAAAAGGAGCCAUACUGAAGACUUCUGCUAUUGCAGGACCUUUGAACGCCCUUGCCUGCCUUUGAAGCAAUGCAAACUUGCAUAGUGGAAUAGCCUUAUAGUCAUUUUAAACAAUUGUCGUGCUGAGAUCUUCUUCUUUUCUAGUGCCACUUUUGGAAGCAAGUUUUACUGCACAGUUUUACUUUUGUAUUUUGUAAUGUUUAUAUACUGUAUUGGAAAAAAGAGCUGAUGAACUCAGUGGGAUUCCAGUGUCUGCUUUAAUUGCUGGUUCAGUUAUUACAUUUAUUCUGCAGGGCCUCAUAGCUGAAGUAUAAACAGCUGUUAUGUCAGGAUUUUUCAUUUUAAAUGAAAUUUUAUCUAUCUUUGUUUAUGUCUUUCUCUUCUGGUUUUCUCUAUGAAGGUGUACACUCUGGUGUGCAAUAGCUGUGUGCUCUUUUGAAUUUUACUGUCUACUACCUAAGUAUGUGACAGUUUAAUUUUAAACUGCUUUCAAUGACUAGACAUCUUUGAAACGUUUGCUUUGUUAUUAUAAAAGAUAAGCAUUGCAACUGAAGAGUUUGUUUCACAUUUAUUCCAUUAUAACAUUUUGAUUAUUGAAUCAUCCCUGCCUAUGAUUAUUUAGUUAUCCUUUCUGUCAGGGUGAGUGCUGUCUGAAAAUUGUGUGUGUUGUUGAAUACCUGUGUACAAAGGCAUUUUGCAUUAAUCAUUUGAUGUAAUAUUGCAUUUUAAUACAUAAAUGGGUCUUUAAAAUAACAUUUGAGAAAUGCGGAAUACCUGUGUGCACUUCCAGCCCGUAGCAUGAGGAUAAUCACAUUUGCACUCUUUAGGAAUAUUCAUGUGGGGAUUCAGCUAAGUUGCCUUUCACUUUUAAGUCAGCCUCUAGUCUAUUCUUUGCACCUUCUGUUGUGAAUUGUUUUUGUUCAUGCUCAUAUAGUAAUAAUUCAUUGUUUUGAGGGGAAGAUUUACUAUAA